AACCUGAAGCCCAUCGCAGCAGAAGAAAGAAGGAUUGAGGAGGAGGAGAAGAAGGUCCGUGAGGAGCAGGAGCGCAUUGCCAAGCAGCUAGCAGAAGCAAAUGAAGACACCAUUCUGAAGUAUAAAAGGCUCCCACUGCCGGCUGCUCAGCACCGCUCAGGCACCCAUUUCUCUGCUCUGAACACUCCCCGAGGAUCCCAUCUACGCUUCAGAAGAAACAAGGCUCUAAAGCAGGAUAACCAUGUUUUGACUCGGGUUUCUCCUAGAAUGGACUUCCAGAUCUUUGCCCUGCUCAUGCUUGUGCUGGCCUGCGUGGAGCAAGGCCUGGCCACCUGUGUGGUGGACAGUUUCACGGUCAAGCAAGACUUUGAACCCCAAAGAUAUGCGGGAAAGUGGUACGCUCUGCAGAAGAAAGACCCCGAGGGCCUGUUCCUCCAGGACAACAUAUCUGCUGAGUACACCGUUGGGGACGACGGGUCCAUGGUGGCCUCCUCCAGGGGCAGGGUCACUCUUUUUGGCUUCUGGGUAGUCUGCGCAGACAUGGCUGCUCAGUACUCAGUGCCCGACCCCGGCACUCCGGGCAAGAUGUUCAUGAACUACCAGGGACUGGCCAGCUACCUGUCCAGCGGCGGCGACAACUACUGGGUCAUCGACACGGACUAUGACAACUACGCCCUCACCUACGCCUGCCGCGUGCUGAAGGACGACGGCAGCUGCGAGGACGGCUACUCUCUGGUCUUCUCCCGCAACCCCCGAGGCCUCCCCCCGGCCAUCCAGAGAGUGGUCCGCCAGAAGCAGGACGAGAUCUGCAUGGCUGGACAGUUCCAGCCCGUGCUGCAGUCCGGUACGUCCCUCACACUCUCUUCCUAUAAUGCAAACGUUUCAGCUGGUGCUCCAACGCAGGAAAAUGACUCAAACACCUGA